AUGGUUUCCAUUGCAAAGGAUCCUAGAGAAGAAGUCAUAGAAGCAUGGUACAUGGAUGAUAGUGAUGAUGAUCAAAGGUUUCCUCAUUAUCGCGAACCAAAGAAAUUUGUGUCUCUUGACAAGCUCGCUGAACUUGGAGUGCUUAGCUGGAGACUUGAUGCUAACAAAUAUGAGAAUGAUGAGGAAUUGAAUAAAAUUCGAGAAACACGUAGUUAUCUUUACAUGGACAGUAUUGAGGUUUGCCCCGAAAAAUUAUCGAAUUAUGAGGAUAUGAUAAAAAAAUUCUUUGAAGAACAUUUGCACAUUGACGAGGAAGUCCGUUACUGUCUUGAAGGAAGUGGUUAUUUUGAUGUUCGAGAUUAUAACGAUGUUUGGAUUCGUAUUUGGGUGAAGAAAGGUGGAUUGAUUGUUGUGCCUGCUGGAAUUUAUCAUCGCUUUACACUAGAUUCAAGCAAUUACAUUAAGGCAAUACGGUUGUUUGCUGGUGACCCUGUUUGGACUGCGUACUAUCGUCCAAAUGCAGAUAAUCUCCCGGCAAGGAAACAAUAUGUUGAAAUUUUUGGAUUAAGGGAAAACACUGCUCAUCAUGCAAUUAAUGAUAAUGUUAUUCGUAGAGUUGACGAAUUUUAA